AAAUAAAUUAAACAUAUUUUCCAAGAAUAAUUCAAUUGUAAAAACAUUUGUUUCAGAUUAAGAUAGACAUGUCAGGUCUCAAGGUUCUAGUAGGUUGUAAAAGAGUCAUUGACUAUGCUGUUAAGAUUCGAGUAAAGCCAGAUAAAACUGGAAUUGUAACUGAUGGCGUUAAGCAUAGCAUGAAUCCAUUUGAUGAAAUAGCUGUAGAGGAGGCAAUUCGUCUUAAAGAAAAGAAUAUUGCAAAUGAAAUUAUUGCUAUCUCAUGUGGACCUGCUAAAAAUGAGGAGACAUUAAGAACAGCGCUUGCAAUGGGAAUGGACAGAGGUAUCCAUGUAGUUGUCGGUGAUAAAGAUUAUGAAACUCUUCAACCUUUAGCAGUUGCAAAACUUAUUGCAAAAGUUGCUCAAGAUAUUAAAGCUGAUCUAAUCAUUUUGGGAAAACAGGCUAUCGAUGAUGAUUGCAACCAAACAGGGCAACUACUUUCUGCAAUUAUGAAUGUUCCACAGGCUACUUGUACAUCAAAACUAGAAUUUAAUAAUGGUCGACUAAAAGUCAGUAGAGAAGUUGAUGGAGGAUUAGAAAACUUAAGUGUAAAGCUGCCAUGUGUGGUUACCGCCGACUUGAGAUUAAAUGAGCCAAGGUUUGCAACUUUACCAAACAUAAUGAAAGCAAAAAAGAAAAAGAUUGACGUUAUGAAAGUUGAUGAUUUAGCCGUUGAUAUUAAACCACAUAUUGAAACCGUCUCUGUAGUCGACCCACCAGUUCGUAGCGCUGGAAUCAAAGUUGAAGACGUUGAUACUUUGAUCAAGAAACUUAAAGAACAAGGAUUCAUUAAAUCGUUAUCUUAAUUUUGUAAUUUUUUAUGAAUUAAAAAUCCAACGAGACCAAAGUUUUGAAUUUAGCUUAUAUUGAAUUGUAUUAUACUUGAUUUAGUUUAGUUUUAUUUCAUUUAUAAAAUUGAAUUAAUAAAUUUCGAAUA